AUGGAUAUUGAUUCUUCAGAUUUUGUAAUUAAUCAGGAAAAUGAUAAUAAAACCUGUGAAUAUCAAGAAAAUGAAUCAACAACAAGCACUCAUUCAGAUGAAGAUGAAGAUGAAGAUAAAAAGGACUGGUGUCUCAACAUUAAGGCAACAUCUAUUAUUGCAUAA